AUGCUAUUUAAAAGGAAAUUUUCAGGCUUAGUAUUGACCUCAAGCAAGACUAGGGAAGGAUCUGCAGCUAAAUCAUUUAGAAGGAUUGGUAAAACUCGUGAUUUCAUGGCAAAUGAUCAAACUCAAAGAUUUUCCUAUCUGCUAUUUCUCUUCUUAAAUCGCAGCAGAAGAUUUGUUACCAAAAAUGAAGUUGUUGAAUUAUUGCUUAGAAAUUACUAUGAUAAUGUUCGUGUUUUACUGAAAAGAAAAACGUUUGUAAAAUUAUCUGCAAAUGACGACAAACUUAACUUCAAAACUACAUUCCAAGUGCUCUUCAUGUUCGAGUUGAAUUUUUUAAGGAUCGAAGCAGAAGUUUGA